AGUUCGCGCCUCCGCUGGCGAAGCAUUAACGUUUGGCCAUUGACGUUCUGAUAGACGCAUACAAACUGAAUACGUGUUUUUCGCGUUUGUAUUCGGCUUUUCGGCUAAUACAAUACUAAAACACCUGCCCGAAAAUGUCCAAGCCGGAAGACAGCACGGAAACUGGCGACACCGGUGAAAAUUCCAAUGAAUCCACCUCUGACACGAUGUCGAAAGGUGAGGAGUUCGAGGCGAAACUAGAAACGGAUCGCAGCAAAAGGUUCGAUUAUCUGUUGAAACAAACCGAGAUAUUUUCACAUUUUAUGAACCAAUCAAAAUCCGGCGUCAAGCCCAAAUCUGGACGUCCCAAAAAAGAAAAAAAGGAAGACAUUGCAGAUCACAGACACCGUAAAACAGAACAGGAAGAAGAUGAGGAACUACUGGCUGAGACCAAUGUCAAGACAAAACCAACAAUACGAUUUGACGCCUCCCCAUUUUACAUCAAAGGAGGUGAACUUAGAGACUAUCAAGUUCGAGGUCUUAACUGGAUGAUUUCUUUAUAUGAAAAUGGAAUUAAUGGAAUUCUUGCUGAUGAGAUGGGUCUGGGUAAAACCUUGCAGACCAUCUCAUUGUUAGGUUUUAUGAAGCACUAUAAAAACAUUAAUGGACCACACAUUGUUAUUGUGCCCAAAUCUACUCUGGCCAACUGGCUGAAUGAGUUUCAGAAAUGGUGUCCUUCUUUGAGGGCAGUCUGUUUGAUUGGUGACCAGGAAGCUAGGAGCGCAUUUAUACGAGACGUGAUGAUGCCUGGCGAAUGGGAUGUAUGCAUCACAUCCUACGAGAUGUGCAUAAAAGAAAAGUCCGUAUUCAAAAAAUUCAACUGGCGCUACAUGGUGAUCGACGAGGCUCACCGUAUCAAAAACGAAAAAUCGAAACUGUCCGAAAUCCUACGUGAAUUCAAAACAUCGAACAGACUGUUAUUGACCGGCACGCCGCUCCAGAAUAACCUGCACGAAUUGUGGGCGUUGCUCAAUUUCCUGCUGCCUGAUGUGUUCAAUUCAUCAGACGACUUCGACGAGUGGUUCAACACGAAUCAGUGUCUCGGCGACAAUCAGCUGGUGGAGAGAUUGCAUGCGGUGCUUAAGCCGUUCCUGUUGAGACGUCUCAAGAGCGAGGUGGAGAAGAGGCUGUUGCCGAAAAAGGAGGUCAAAGUGUACGUGGGACUGAGCAAAAUGCAGCGGGAAUGGUACACCAAGGUGCUCAUGAAGGACAUCGACAUUGUCAACGGUGCUGGAAAGGUGGAAAAAAUGAGACUACAGAACAUCCUCAUGCAACUGCGCAAGUGCACAAACCACCCGUAUCUGUUCGACGGGGCCGAGCCCGGCCCGCCCUACACCACAGACGAACAUCUUGUGUACAACUGCGGAAAAAUGGUACUUCUCGACAAAUUGUUGCCCAAACUCAAGGAGCAACAGUCGCGUGUUCUUAUUUUCUCCCAGAUGACUCGUAUGUUGGAUAUUCUGGAGGAUUACUGUCAUUGGCGGCAGUUCCAGUACUGUCGUUUGGACGGUCAGACACCGCACGAGGACCGUCAACGGCAAAUUAAUGAAUACAAUGAAGAGAACAGCAAGAAGUUUAUUUUCAUGUUAUCGACAAGAGCUGGAGGUUUGGGUAUCAACUUGGCAACGGCCGAUGUAGUUAUAAUAUACGAUUCGGAUUGGAAUCCCCAGAUGGACUUACAAGCGAUGGACCGAGCGCACAGAAUUGGUCAAAAGAAGCAAGUGAGAGUGUUCAGAUUUAUCACUGAAAAUACUGUUGAGGAAAAAAUUGUUGAAAGGGCUGAGGUUAAAUUGAGGCUUGACAAGUUGGUCAUACAACAGGGUAGACUGGUGGAUUCAAAACAACAAGCUUUAAACAAAGACGAAAUGUUAAACAUGAUUAGACACGGUGCGAAUCACGUUUUCGCUUCCAAAGACUCCGAAAUCACCGACGACGACAUAGACACUAUUCUUGAAAGGGGCGAGGCUAAAACUGCCGAAUUAACCAAAAAAUACGAAGCACUCGGUGAAUCCUCGUUGCGUAACUUCACGAUGGACACGCCUACACAAUCGGUGUACAAGUUUGAAGGCGAGGAUUACAGAGAGAAGCAAAAGACUAUGGGUUUGAGUUCGUGGAUCGAGCCUCCGAAAAGAGAGAGGAAGGCUAAUUAUGCUGUGGACGCGUAUUUUAGGGAGGCGUUAAGAGUGUCCGAACCUAAAGCACCGAAGAUUAACGCUCCAAGACCACCAAAACAACCAAUCGUUCAAGAUUUUCAGUUUUUCCCUCCUAGGUUGUUUGAACUGCUUGACCAGGAAAUCUAUCACUAUCGUAAAACUCUGGGUUACAAGGUGCCGAAAAAUCCUGAAUUAGGACCGGACGCCACCAAGCAACAAAAGGAAGAACAAAGGAAGAUCGAUGAGUCCGAACCGUUGACCGAACAAGAACAAUCAGAAAAAGACAAUCUCCUUAAUCAAGGUUUCACUAAUUGGAGUAAAAGGGAUUUUAAUCAGUUCAUAAAGGCUAAUGAGAAAUAUGGUCGGGACGACAUUGAAAACAUCGCUAAAGAAGUCGAGGGCAAAACACCUGAGGAAGUGGUUGAAUAUUCGGCCGUUUUCUGGGAGAGGUGCCACGAAUUACAGGACAUCGACAGAAUAAUGACGCAAAUAGAACGUGGAGAGGCUAAAAUACAGAGAAGAGCCAGCAUUAAACGGGCUUUGGAUGCGAAAAUGGCCAGAUAUCGUGCUCCCUUCCAUCAACUAAGAAUCGCUUACGGAACGAACAAAGGCAAAAACUACAUGGAAGAUGAAGACCGAUUCUUGGUAUGUAUGCUUCACAAAUUGGGCUUUGACAGGGAAAACGUAUAUGAGGAGCUGAGAGCUGCAGUAAGGGCAUCACCACAAUUCAGAUUCGACUGGUUUUUGAAGUCCAGAACUGCCAUGGAAUUGCAAAGACGUUGCAACACUCUGAUUACUUUAAUUGAAAGGGAAAACGCGGAACUGGAAGAGAAGGAGAAGAGCGAAAAGAAAAAGAAAAAUCCUAAGUCGUCGUCAGCCUCCGGAACUCCCACACAGGUUUCACACAAAAGCUCUCACAAAAGAAAACAUGACGGAUCGGGCGGUGGGGAGAAAAAGAAAAAGAAAGCGGGGUUUUGGGUCAAGAUGUAGUCACGUCGUAAAUUGUCCUGUGUAACUUGGUUCCAUGUGUUUUUUAGUAUUAAUGCAGAACUAUUUAAUUUUAACUUAUUACUUUGGUGUACAGCUAUUGCUGCGUAUCACGGCUAUGAAUUUCAGUGAAGCGAGUCUUUUAAAGUUGUAGGGUAUAUUUUUAAAAUUACCGAUGGUUAGUCAAUAAGAAAAUAUCUCAGGUGGCGCCUGUAAAAUGAACAAUUUUUAUUUAAUUUGUUCCAUCUCAUCAAUUCUUUUCAAACAUGUCAAUUUUGUCACUUAACUGUUAGUUAAUAUUUAAUAAUUUUUAAAUAUAAAAAUUACUUUA